AUGGUGAAAUUACGCGCGAUCGUUACUUUAACGUUAUUUGUGAUUCUCAGUAUUAACCUAGUGGAACCUCUGAUGCACAAAAGCCUGUCCAAGUUUCUGGGAUCUCUGGCCUCCGUUAAACAUGUGAGGAUUCCGGAAGUUCUGAAUCAACUAUGCAACGAAUCACAGGGCUCAGACACGAUUCGUCAAGACGCCUGCUACGGAUGCUUCUACAAGGCAACCAAUCAGCCCCUUGGCUACCCUUUACUGGUGGCUAUGUCUAGCUGCGCUGAUCUUUACCUGAACAACACCGAUUACGACCACUGUCAACGAUAUUUGAACAACGCUACCAGCACUCCAAACACCAGGAUUAAUCCUACGACAAUCUACUGUACAUUCCUCGAAUGCAUUCGUCAGGUGAACAAAGACAAUUUGGAGGCACGAGUGCACCAGAGAACGGCGCCAAGUCCGAGAAAGGGAUCGAGGAAAACUUCUUUCAUAUACCUGAAACUGUAUAAACAAAUAGCACGAAAUAUUUGCAUCAUAAGGGAGCGGGAUAUCGAGUCGAACACCGUGAGGCCUGGAGCAGAACCUAUUGAUCCAAGGCGACAAUCGAUACAACCGAAAACUACAUGA